UCCCUCCCCAAUCCAGCGCCUCCUCCUCCUCCUCCUCCUCCUCCUCCUCCUCCGGCCAUCCCCGCCUUCCUCCCGCCGCCAACAUCUCUAGCUAGCUCCACCUUCUUACUCACCGUGCGCUUGACCGAUCCUCACAAUCAAUCAAGCUCUUUAGCUAGCGCCCUGUUAGUUGGCCACCAUUCCUGUUCCAUCAAGUCUCUGGAGCUCGUGACCGGAGGAUAAUGAGCGUGAAUCCUCGAGGCUGCUACACCGUAUUCAUCGCCAACAAGAGCUUCUACUUCUGGAUCUUCCAAAUCUUCAACCGAUACGGCCUCCUCUCCACCUGACUCCAUUCCUUCACCUGGAUUCUAGAUCUCUAGUCCUGCCUCAAGUAUUUGUGAUCGGCAGUUGACGCUAUAUAUAUACAUACAUACACACAGUUAUUAGCUAGCAUCAUCUGCUCCUCCUGGUCCUGGGUUGGGCUGGGUUACUGUUGGAUCGAACUGCCCAAGAUAUUUGAAUUGGCUGCAAGUUUCACACAAGCAAGCAACGAGCAUGGGCACCAUGAUUCUGCCGCCCGGCUUCAGGUUCCACCCCACCGACGACGAGCUCGUCGGCUACUACCUCAAGCGGAGGGUCGACAACCUCAAGAUCGAGCUCGAGGUCAUCCCCGUCAUCGACCUCUACAAGUGCGAGCCAUGGGAGUUGCCAGAGAAGUCGUUCCUGCCCAAGAGGGAUCUGGAGUGGUUCUUCUUCGUGCCGCGGGACCGCAAGUACCCCAACGGGUCGCGGACCAACCGGGCCACCACCACGGGGUACUGGAAGGCCACCGGCAAGGACCGCAAGGUGUCGUGCGACGGCGCCGCCGUGUGCGGCGUCAGGAAGACGCUGGUGUUCUACAAGGGCAGGGCCCCCGGCGGCGAGCGCACCGACUGGGUCAUGCACGAGUACCGCCUCUGCCAGGACCUCCUCCACGGCGCCUCCAACUUCAUCGGCGCCUACGCGCUCUGCCGCGUCAUCAAGCGCACCGAGGCCGGCCUCCUGCACGGCGACGCGGCUGCCAAGGCGAGGCCGGGCCACCAGCAGAUGAGCAAGGUCGGGAGCAGCUCCUCCCUGGUCACCACGGACCAGCAGCUGAGCUCCCUCACGCCCAGCCCUCCGCGCCUCGACAUCGUCGGCAACGCCUUCCAGCUUCACAGCUCCCCCUCUCCCCUGUACGGAGGGGAGGUGGUGUCCGGGAUGGGCGCGCCUCUGGGGUUCCCGCAGCAGGACGCCGCCGCCACAUUCUUCAUCGACGGCGACCUCGCCGGCGCAGGCGAGACGACGCAGGCGCACAUGCCUUUCUUCGACGACAUGGGCGUGGUCUCGGACCACGAGCUCAGAUGGGACACCUUGCCGCUCUGCACCAACAACGCCUUCUCCACCACGGCCGGCGCGGCGGAGCUCUGGAACCCGGUGGCACCGAACGCCGCCGCCCCGAUGCUGUGCAGGGAGGCCAGCGACGACCUGGCGGCGUUUUUCUCGUCCUUGGACGAAAACAACAUGGUGGUCUACUGAAGCUCUCGUUUCACACCCAAGAAAAGAUCGUAGUAAUUUCGGCAACAGAGGAAAUAAUUGCAGAAACCUAAUUGCUCUCGGCAACGGCGGUAUAUUUUCAGCCAGUGUAUGGGUCGUAUACCGUAUAUGUAAGAGUACGUAGUAUUGCUACGCAUGUGUGUGUGUGUGUGUCUUGUACUCGGAGUGACGGCCUAUUUUAGCACUGUCUUCUCUCGCUGUGGCACGACACUUCCAUCUCUUUCUUUACUGUGAUUCAGUCUCUGUACUAGCUGCUGCUGCUGCUGCAAUUUACGCAGCAAUAUAUAUGUUGUGCUCCCA